UCUUCUUCGGGGAGGGGGAGGGCUUCCCCCACCCCUGUCAAAAGGGGUUUUUAAUUUCCAGUUGGGUUUGUGUUGUAAUUUUUUUCCAUUCCUCUUGGGGUUUUGUUUGUUUUAAAUUUUAUAUUGUUUCACUGUUGUGAGCUGCCCUGAGCAGUAUUGUGCGGGGGGGGGGGGCACAGGAAGCGGCCAUCGACGGAGUCAGACCCUUGGUCCAUCUAGCUCAGUCUUGUCGACACAGACUGGCAGCAGCAGCUUCUCCCAGGGUUUGGCCCCUUCGGAGAGCACUCGGUCAACGCCAGCUGGAUUGCCGUUCAGCACUAGAACUCGGGGCAUCCAAAGAAACGGACUGGCCGUAGAUGCAGCACAGGAGCUGGAAAAACUGGGCCUCGGAGACGACGUCGACCUCCACGUGUACGAAAUCCCGGUUGAGUACCAGACGGUGCAGAGGCUCAUUCCUGCCCUGUGGAAGAAGCACAGCCCGCAGCUGGUGGUCCACGUCGGCUUGUCCGGCAUGGCGACCACCGUGACGCUGGAGAAAUGCGGCCACAACGCGGGCUACCGAGGCCUGGACAACUGCCGCUUCUGCCCGGGCUCCCACUGCUGCGUGGAAGGCGGCCCCGAGUGCAUCGACUCGGUCAUCGACAUGGACGCCGUCUGCAAGAGGGUCUCUGCCCGGGGCCUGGACGUGGCCGUCUCCAUCUCCAAGGACGCCGGCAGAUACCUCUGUGACUUCACCUACUACACCUCGCUGUACCAGAGCCACGGCCGGUCGGCCUUCGUCCACGUCCCUCCCCUGGGCAGCCCCUACAGUGCCGAGCAGCUGGGCCGGGCCCUGCGGGCCAUCAUCGAGGAGAUGCUCCAGGUCUUGGGACACGCGGAGGGCAACAUCAACUGCCAGCACGAACACUGAGCCCGGAGCUGCCGCCGCUGCCGCCGCCGCCUCCUCCCCCGGCCCCUCCUCACUCUUGCACUUCCAAAACGCCCGGCCAGCCUCGCGGUGGCCUGGCAGGCGGAAACCA